GCCAGACAUAAUAAGUACAGAGUUGAUAAAAAUGUCUGUCCAGGACCGUCGCCAGUCAUUAUUUCGUAUACCCCACAAAUAAUAUCGUCAUGUCUGGUCGUGGAAAAGGUGGCAAAGUAAAGGGGAAGAGCAAGACUCGGUCCAGCCGUGCUGGUCUUCAGUUUCCUGUAGGUCGUAUCCAUCGUCUUCUGCGAAAGGGAAAUUAUGCAGAAAGAGUUGGUGCUGGAGCUCCAGUGUAUCUUGCUGCAGUUUUAGAAUAUUUGGCAGCUGAGGUUCUUGAGUUGGCCGGUAAUGCUGCUAGAGAUAACAAGAAGACCAGAAUAAUUCCAAGACAUCUGCAGCUGGCCAUCAGAAACGACGAGGAGUUGAAUAAAUUACUCUCUGGCGUCACAAUUGCACAAGGUGGAGUUCUACCCAAUAUCCAGGCUGUUCUACUUCCCAAAAAAACCGAAAAGAAAGCAUAAUUCCUACUUCCCCUAACGCUACAAAAAAAAAAAGGCCCUUUUAAGGGCCAGAAAAUGUACGAAGAAGAGAAUGCUUAAUUGCUUAUACUGAAAAUUGCAGCAUACGUUGGUAAAUCUUUUCCAUAUAUAUAUUUCAUUCAAAAUUCGCACAAAGAUGUGCUCCCAGGACACAUUCGUAUAUAUUUUCAUGUACAUUAUAAAACAUUAACUCAUGGGACUCGGAAAGAAAGGCUAAUGCUAAGCUAUAGGUGAAGGGAGUUUAAGGCGCAUCUGAGAAGUGGCGCCAUCUUGCUGUAUACAUUUGUACUGAAAAGUCGUUCUAUUCUUAACUUUCGUAAGUUAUUACAACGCACAGUUCGGUGUUUUAAGCCCCUUUUCAGAAAUUACAAAUAAUUUAAUUAGAUGGAAUAAUUGCUAUCACAAUAGAUCUUUAUUUAAAAGAAUGAUCUAAUGUAAAGUAAAAAAAUUAAUGUACAA